AAAACUAUUAGAAAUAAAAACUCAAUAGAAGGAUUAGAAGAUAAAGUUGACAGAAUUUCUCAAAAAGUACAGCAAAAACUCAAGAGAUGAAAAAUAAGACAGAAAAAAUGAGAAAUUGGAAAGAGAAGUUUAGGAAGACUAACAUCUGAAUGAAACAAGUUUCAAAGAAAGAGCACAAACAUACCAAAAGAAAAAAAUGGAGAUGAAAUAAUCAAUUAAAUAAUUCAAGAAAACAUCCCAUAACUAGGAUAUGAGUUUACAGAAUUAAAAAGCCCAUCAAAUGUGACACAAAUGGAUGAAAAUGGACCCAUACCAAAACACAUUUAUGUGACAUUUCAGAACGUGUGGGACAAAGCGAAAAUCCAGAGAGAAAAACAAAGGUUAUUUACAUGAUCGGAUAUAAGAGUGGCUUUAAACUACAACCACACAGCAAACUCGAGGCAGGGGAGCAAUGCCUUCCCUAAUUUUGAUGGAAAAUUAUUUCCAACGUAGAAGUCUAUAUCAAAUUUGCAGGGAGAAUAAGAUCAUUUUCAGACAAAGUUUUUAAAACAUUACUGCCCAUGUUCCCUUUUCCAGAAAGCUAUGAGGACGUGAUACACUAAAAUGGAAGAGAGAUUCAAGAGGAAGACGCUGGCUACUGGGAAACAUGUCGUGUGGAUGAGAGACAGGGGGAUUCCCAGGAUGACACUCAGCACCAGGGCCAGAGGACAACCAGGCCCCAUCUGGGCAGAUCGGAAGGCUCCUCCAGGAAGAUGAAACUGACAGAAGACCUUGAAGCUGAGCAUACUAAGAAGAGAUUUAAGCCAUCGGCAAAGUUUGGAUUUAAUUAGAUAUAAAUGCACAGAAAACAGAAGAAAAAACGAAAAAGGACGAUGAGAAACAAAACAAAAAUCCUACAGGAAAGGAAAAAUAUUUAGGGUUUAUUAGUAGCUGAGUAGAGCUUAUGUAGUCAUAAUAAUAUUAAUGAACAAAGAGAAUUGUAACAUACUUUGGGGAAAAUAGGGGGUGGGACUUGGGUGUGGUGCAGAGGGAGGGGGGCCCUAUAACGCCUACAAGAGCAAGCUUAUCGUUUGAGAGACCACAGACACAGGGCCACAUAUUGUGUUUCCCCAUUUAUAUGAAAUAUCCAGAAGAGACAAAUCCAGAGACGGAAAAUACAUCAGUGUUUGCCCAGGGCUAGGAGGAAUGGGGGGAGGAGGAGGGUUUGAGGGGCUCUUUGGGGGGUAGUGAAAAUGUGUAAUAAUUUCCAAAUCACAAUAAUUAUAAUAAUAAUGUCCAUAUUAUUACUGGGUAGUAAUAUCACCCAGUAAUACUGGGUGAAUUGUGUGGUAUGUGAAUUACACCUCAAUUGAGCCCUUUAUAAAAGAGCGCUAACAGAGGUAAUUACAAAAACAAGCAACCAAAAAGAGUUCGGUGAUCGCCCCUGGGGGGGUUUCCAUGGAGGGGAGCGGGGUUUGGGGGCGGUCUCUGAGGUUUAAAAGAAAUCUUGUAGAACAAUUUGAUUCUUUAAACUACAUGAAUUAUAACCGCUUAAAGAAAGAAAAACAAAGCGUAAAUGUUACCAUUGACAACUGAAAGCUGGAGAAUCAUCCCCGGAUGUGUCAGCGUCAGGGUUGGAGAGACAGAUGGGAGACCCCCGCCUCCCCCCGCCACCGCCUCCCGGGGCCACGACCCCUGGGCAGGGGCAGGGCUGGAAACCCUGUGGCCCUGGGCAGGGGUCCUAGAGAGUUCCUGCGUGGGCCAUAGCCUGGAGUCUGGGACAGUCACCCCGCCACGGCCCUGGGGCAGCCGGCGAGGCGUCCGGAACAUGUCGUCCCUCUUUGCGAGGGACACCAAGAGCUUGGUCAGAGAGCUGGGCAGGAGAGGCGAACUGGUGCCCGUUGACAGCCUGACCAGCGCCCUGCACCUGCGUCCCUUCUGCCUGGUGAGGAAGAAGCUCAGACGCCACCCUUGGCCUUGGGACACGCCCCUCAUCCCCACGGUCUUCUCCCUCAUGGAUGUGCUGGAGCCCGACUCCCCCGUCCCAGAGGUGAGCCGGAGCGAACCCAUCCACGUCCAGGAGGUGGUGUCAGGAGCCGUGACAGGGGCCAUGAGCGUGAGCGCCGGGCUGCAGGGGAAGGUGAUGGGGAGCAGCGGGGUGACCCGCACAACUACCCUGGUGGUGCAGACCCUCUGGGUUUCCCCUCACACCUGGGAGACGCUGGUGGAGAAGAGGAAACUGAGGACUCCAAGGCCCUCAUUCUUCAGGGAGCUGCAGAACCGGAAGGAGAGGGAGAGCCUGUAUGUGGUGACAGAGGCCGUGGAGACCAUGCAGGACACCACGCUUCAGAGCAGCAUCAACGCUGCGGGAGCAGGGCAGCUCUCCCUCCUCGGGCUGAGCCAUUUACAGCUCCAGGGUCAGAGCCACAUGGCCAAGGAGAAGACGGUGACCGUCCCGAGGGGCACUGUCCUGGCCUAUAGGGUGCUGCAGCUGGAGAUUGAAGGGGAUCGCUGGGCUGUGCUGUACCUGCCUGAAGGCAAGCUCUGCAGAGACACUGGCGGAGGCUGGACCCUAGACGAGGAGCCCAACUUCCAGGGCCUGCAGAGGCAGGUGGGUGCCCAGCUGCAGGACAUGGCCACGCUGCUCCCUGGGCUGCGGCACACACUGCUGGAUGCCCUCCAAGAGCUGCUCAAGGACUCUCAGGCACUGCAGGAGCUCGAGGACACGCUGGAGCAGGCCCUGGACACUGGAGUGCCGGCACAGCUGGGCGGCCCUGGGGCCUGCGUCCUAAGCACCCUCCAGGACCCCUCGGGCAGCCUGUCGACCUCGAAAGGCCGGGCCAUCCUCUGCGUUCUUGGAGCGCUAGUGGUGCUGAGCGACACCCAGCGUUGCCUGCUGGCCCAGUCCCUGGAGAGAAGGAUCCUGCCUCGGCAGCUGGAGCUGGUGGAGAGCAUCUUAGAGGCAAACUUCAAUCAGAUGGAGGAAACACCCUUCUCCCUCCCACGGGAAGUCCUCUCAUCGCUACAGAGCGAGGACGCGGCCCUCACCCUGAGCCUGGUAGAGAGCUGUGGGCUGGAGCUGCAGGGACCCGGCCACCAGCUCCUCUGGGACCCUGAUGUGGUGCCACAGUUGUCUGCACUGUAUGGGUCCCUUGCAGGGCUGCAGCUAGUGGCCAACCCCAGCCCUGCGGCCCCCUCUGCUGAUGCCUGAGAAGGGUGCCACAUCCUGUGGUCCCAGCCGUCCUGACUCCAGGGAACUGCUGGCCCAGAACUUCUGUGCAGGCCCAGGACGCAGCUGUCCCUCUGGUGGCCACAGGUGAUGGUGGGGCUCUGCCAGGACUGGUCCCCAGACAGUAGUCACCUGUCCAGAUCUGGGGGGCACCCGUUAGCUUAGGGUCCCACAUUGGAUCAGGAUUCUUCUCUAAGAGGCAGUAGAGGUGGUUCCAGAACAGCCUGGGCUCCAUUCACUGCUCCACCACUGAUGGCUGUGCAGCUUUGGCACAUUACUCCCUCUCUGUACUUCCAGAUCCCGUCAAAUCACCCCAUGCAAAAUGGAGAUAUCAGAAUCCCUAGCUCAUAAGACUGUAGUGAAGAUUUAAAAAGUUAGUGUUCAUAAAGUACUCAGAACAGUC